AUGUCUCAAGGAGGGUGGGUCAAGCUUUUAUUGGCUCUGGCAUUUGUUGCUUAUGUGACAGAGACUGAAGGAGCCGCCGCUUACCGCCUCUGUGGUUCACAGCUGGUGGAGACUCUCUAUAUGGUGUGUGAAGGCAGAGGUUUCUUCUACAAGUCACUGAAAGGGUCAGCGCACAAGAACCCUUUGCGCAACCUUCUAACUGGGAAACGACAAAACCAGAGGAAAAGGGGCAUAGUGGAAAAGUGUUGCUACAGUUCUUGCACUUAUUAUGACCUUGAAAACUACUGCCCUCGUGUUCAUUUAAGGAUGGAAUGA